CUCAACUUUUUAUUACUGUUUAUAUUAAAUAUGUCUGCUGAUAUUGGACUUAUUGGAUUGGCUGUGAUGGGUCAAAAUUUGAUCCUCAAUAUGAAUGAUCAUGGAUUUGUUGUAUGUGCCUAUAAUCGUACAGUGUCCAAAGUAGAUCGUUUUUUGGAAAAUGAAGCCAAAGGUACCAAGGUGAUUGGAGCUCAUUCAGAUGAAGAAUUAUGUGCCAAACUCAAGAAACCUCGCAAGAUCAUGUUAUUGGUAAAAGCUGGUUCGGCAGUGGAUGCAUUUAUCAACAAUUUACUUCCUCAUUUGGACAAAGGUGAUAUCAUCAUUGAUGGAGGUAAUUCUCAUUUCCCAGAUUCUAUUCGACGUACCAAGGAAUUGGAAGAAAAAGGCAUCUUAUUUGUUGGUACUGGUGUAUCUGGUGGUGAAGAAGGUGCUCGUCAUGGUCCAUCCUUAAUGCCUGGUGGUAAUCCUCUUGCUUGGCCUCAUAUCAAACCUAUUUUUCAAUCCAUUGCUGCUAAAGCUCCUGAUGGUGCUCCUUGUUGUGAUUGGGUUGGUGAAAAUGGAGCUGGUCAUUAUGUCAAAAUGGUUCAUAAUGGCAUUGAGUAUGGUGAUAUGCAACUUAUUUCGGAAAUCUAUCAAAUCAUGAAUGAAGGCUUGGAUUUGACUUAUGAAGAAAUGGCCAAUGUGUUUGAUGAAUGGAACAAGGGUGAUUUGGAUUCGUAUCUGAUUGAAAUCACAAGAGAUAUUUUGAAAUUCAAAGACAAGGAUGGUCAACCUUUAGUAAGCAAGAUUUUGGAUACUGCUGGACAAAAAGGAACCGGGAAAUGGACAGCAAUUGAUUCUUUGGAUCGUGGCAUCCCUGUGACUUUGAUUGGCGAGGCUGUUUAUUCUCGUUGUCUAUCAUCUCUCAAAGAAGAACGAACUCGAGCUUCUAGUGUUUUGGAUGGUCCCAAGAAUGUCAAAUUUCAAGGUGAUAAGAAGAAAUUCCUGGAUCAAAUGGGACAAGCAUUGUAUGCGGCCAAGAUAGUGUCAUAUGCUCAAGGAUAUAUGUUAAUGCGACAAGCAGCCAAGGAUUAUGGAUGGCAUUUGAAUAAUGCAGGAAUUGCACUGAUGUGGCGAGGUGGAUGUAUUAUUCGAUCAGCUUUCUUAGGCAAGAUUCGUGAUGCAUAUACAAACAAGCCUGAUCUAGAAAAUCUCUUAUUUGAUUCAUUUUUCCAAAAGGCUACUUCUAAGGCUCAACACGCAUGGCGUACUCUUAUUGGUCAAGCCGCCAUCAUGGGCAUCCCUACACCAGCACAUGCUACAGCUCUCAACUUUUACGAUGGUCUCCGUCAUCAAUUGCUACCAGCCAAUCUGAUCCAAGCUCAACGUGAUUAUUUUGGUGCUCAUACCUACGAACUAUUGACAAACCCUGGACAGCAUGUACAUACGAAUUGGACUGGGCAUGGUGGUGAUGUCUCUGCAAGUACCUACGAUGUUUAGUUUAGAAUCAUUUCUUUUAUUUAUAUAUAUAUAUAUAUAUAUAUAGUUAGUCCAUCAUUAGUACUUUGAUCUCUCAAUAAAAUAAACAUACAAAGAC